CCGCCCCGCAUCGUCAUUUCCGGGGCGGCCAUUUUGGGAGGUUGGCGCUCCGCGGCUCGCCGGUGGCCGAGGGGGCGGGCUCCGCGGCGCAGCGGCCGGUGACAGCGGCUGAGCGGGGGGGCAGCCUGCGUGCCGCCUGCGUGUGGGGGGCGCCGGAGGGACAGAGCCGCCGCCGCCCGGCCGUCGCAGCGCCCGCCUGCCCCUGCCAUGUCGGACUUCGACAGCAACCCCUUCGCGGACCCGGACCUCAACAACCCCUUCAAGGAUCCCUCAGUAACACAAGUGACAAGAAAUGUUCCUCCAGGAUUAGAUGAGUACAAUCCUUUUUCUGAUUCAAGAACACCUCCUCCAGGAAAUGUGAAAAUGCCUAAUGUACCCAGUACCCAGCCAGCAAUAAUGAAACCAACAGAAGAACCACCUGCUUACACACAAAUUGCAAAGGAGCAUGCCUUGGCCCAGGCAGAACUGCUGAAGCGUCAAGAAGAACUAGAAAGAAAAGCAGCUGAACUAGAUCGCAGAGAAAGGGAAAUGCAGAGUCUCAAUCAGCAGGGGGGUAGAAAAAAUAACUGGCCACCUCUUCCUGAGAAUUUUCCAGUGGGUCCAUGUUUCUAUCAGGACUUUUCUGUGGACAUUCCUGUAGAAUUCCAGAAGACAGUGAAGAUUAUGUACUAUUUGUGGAUGUUCCAUACAGUGACACUGUUUCUUAAUAUCUUUGGAUGUUUGGCCUGGUUUUAUGUUGAUCCGACACGAGGAGUUGAUUUUGGAUUGAGUAUCCUCUGGUUCUUGCUUUUUACUCCUUGUUCUUUUGUCUGCUGGUACAGACCACUUUAUGGAGCUUUCAGGAGUGACAGUUCAUUCAGAUUCUUUGUGUUCUUCUUUGUAUAUAUCUGUCAGUUUGCUGUACAUGUACUUCAAGCUGCAGGAUUCCAACGGUGGGGAAACUGUGGGUGGAUUUCAUCUCUUACUGGUCUUAAUAAGAGUAUCCCUGUUGGCAUUAUGAUGAUAAUCAUAGCUGCACUUUUCACAGCAUCUGCUGUUAUCUCAUUAGUUAUGUUUAAAAAGGUGCAUGGUCUCUACCGCACAACUGGUGCUAGUUUUGAGAAAGCGCAGCAGGAGUUCGCGACAGGAGUGAUGUCCAACAAAACUGUACAAACUGCUGCAGCAAACGCCGCGUCAACAGCAGCAACCAGUGCAGCUCAGAAUGCAUUCAAGGGUAACCGAAUGUAGAGAAUUAUAAAAAGUCAUUAUGGUUCUCUUUGAUUGUACUUUAUUUUCCAGUCACUUACUGUAUUCCCUAAAAGCCUAGAUCAAAGUACACACAGCAUGUUUGUCUGUUCUUCAGCUGUGCAUGGGUAAAAUGGGAAAUGUUGGUUUUAUUCUAUUAUAAAUUUAUUUAUUUUAAAAAAGAUAACCAUUCUUUGCCCCUCUUUAAAAUGUUGCAUUCUAGAAGAUAAAACCCUCCAUAUUUUAUGAAGGAUGAAUAGUUUUUCAACAAUUGGCCUGAGAAGACUUACGAUACUUUAUGAUCAAAUAAAUAUAUUAGAGAUUCGGAAGUUUUGUAGUAGUUCACUCUGGUAUUUUUUUCUUUUCUUUUUUUUUUUUUUAACUUCAGGAAAGCACUUUGGAUCAAUUAUUUUUGUUUAUAAGGACUUGUUUCCCUAUUUCUACUAUGAGAAGUAGGGCAGACAAAGAGCUGUAGAAAGUUAGGUUUGGCUGCUGUUUUUGCAAUUUCAGCAGCUGCUAUAGAACAGAUACAAGUAGGGUAGAUACUAUAAAUUCUUCUCCUGUUUUUUUUAGGAUAAGUCUUUUGAUAUAAACCUCUAAGUUUGCAUGGAUACUGUUGAGUUAUUUGAUCAUGUUUAAAUAGUGUUUUGGUCUAGAAUUUACCUGCGCCACUUUAUAAUUACGCGGUUUGUUUGUAUCUAUUUUCAUGGAGUAUUCUCUACCUGUGAGAAAUGACUAUGGUGCAUAAACAUUCUCUGUAACAGAAUGUGUAAUGCAAUGUACAGCUUAAGGAAGUUAACUGAUGGUUUUGAUCAGAGAGGUAAAUGAUUAUAUAUUUGCUAUUUUUAAUUUCAGUAUUCAUGUCUUGGGGUAAUCAUUCUGCUGGAAAAGAAACCAAUAUCGACCUUUAGAACACUAGUUUCUUGCCCCCCUCUCCACUUUUACAUGCAUUUACAUGGUAUUUUUGUUGUGCUUGGGAUUUUUGGUUUUUUUAAGUAUAGAUUUGUGUUUAACAGUGGUACUAAAUCUCCAGCCUUGUCAGUCACUCUGUUUACUGCUUGUCCAAAAAUCCGAAUAUACAGUGUUUAAUUUUCUAACAGGAAUAUUGUCUCAAAUCAAGCUUUUUAAACAAUGACAUUUAACAGAUACUUGAAUUCAUUUUAACGUAACUCAGCCUUCUCUGUGAUUUGAUUUAAGCUGGGGGAAAAAAAGCAUUUUAGCUAUUUUGAGUUGGAGAAGUGAGAAAAUCUUCUUCUUUUACAAAAUUAAAUUUUAACUUAUUGAACUGGAUGCCUAAAGGGUUAAACUGGAGCUGGGCAGCUGAACAAUCCAUAAUGGUAUGUCCUGUCAUAAUAUUCCAAAAUUUAAUCAAGUCUAGCUAUAAAGCAAUGUUUCUCUCCAUUGAAUACCGUCUGAUAUUCUCGACUGACUAAUGAAUAUUAUGCACAAUAUCUUAGGCUGUUUUUUUAAAGUCCGUUAUAGAAAAUGAAGACAGGAAGGCCCACACCCCCCAACCUGUUUAACUAUACACUGUAGUUGAAGUAAUGCGGCUCUUAAUGUGAGCCGUGUUUAGCAGGACUGACUUUUACAAUUCUGAGGCACCUCCGUGUUCUGAAUGUGGACUGACUUUCAUAGAAUAAUCCUUUUUCACUACAGUGUAUUGAUAAUAACAUAAGAGCAUUACAAAAAAUAAAACCUGUAACUUAAUCCCUGGAUCAAUAUAAUACUGCUAGUAUAAAGUCUCUACUAGUAUCCUUUUAUUUACUAAGUUCUUAAAUUCCUACUUCCAUUAGAGUAAAUACAGUAGGUUCACCUAUGCUGCAGUUGAUAUUCAUGAGUAUACAUGCUUCUAAAUAUUCUUCAUGUCAUUAAGUUAAAAAUCAUCCAAAUAUUCCAUGUAAUAAUGACUCUAAAAUUUUAUGCUAGUGGACAUGCUAGCAUUGAACUUAAAUUUGUGUGGAAUAUUAUUAAAAGCUUUCCAGAGAAAAGUCACAAUUUUCUACUGAGAUCAGGCAUCACACUUCCAGCAGCUGUAUUGUUCUUUCUGAAUAUUUUAAAUCUAACUUGAGUGUUGCAUCUAGGAACCCUGCUAAGAAUUACUUCUGCACCUAAAUUUAAGCCUCUCCCUCUCCCUCUCCCUCUCCCUCUCCCUCUCCCUCUCCCUCUCCCUCUCCCUCUCCCUCUCCCUCUCCCUCUCCCUCUCCCUCUCCCUCUCCCUCUCCCUCUCCCUCUCUCCCCCCCCCCGCCUUUUCUCCCCCCUCCCCCCCGUUUCCUCCUUCCUCUCCCCGCCUCUUUUCCCCUCUCUCUCCCUCUCGCUCUCCCUCCCUCUCUUGCUCUCACUGUCUCCCUCUCUGCGUCUUUCCCUCUCCCUCUCUCUCUUUGCCCCCCUUGGAUAUGAAGACAUAUAUGGACAUCAUCCUUGCAAUUAAAUUUAAGUUGAAGAUUGCAUAGUGAUAUACAUUACCAGAGUAUAAUAGGGAAAAAGACACUGACAAAUAAAACCUGAAAUUGACAGGUAGAUUUUUUCCCAAAUGUUUGAAUGUUGAGAAAACAUAGUUAAUGUUCAACGUAUAGGGAGUGUUGAUUUGCGAUAUCAUGGAUUGAGUGUGCAGAUUUAAACCUCAUAAGUGAAAUUCAAAUUUAACUAUGUAAUUUGUUUAAAUGAAAAAUCUCUGACACUUACAGCUCAAGAGGGAGGGAGAAGUUUGAGUUUAGCUCAGAAGGCUGAUGUUUGUUAAAAUAUUUUGUACUUAACUAAAACUAGAUUUUACAGUCUCUUAUUAGUUAAUCAGACUAUGGCGCCCACUUAAGAUGUCAUUUUGUAGUAUUGUGGCAAAUUGAGUACAGAGUAUGAAGUUUAAACACUGGAAUGUCAGUAGUCAUUGAUCUGUAAUUUAGCAGUCGGUUUUAUUUAUCUGAGGGAUGUUUGUAUAUUUUGUAAAUUACUAACAAUGCUCUGCCAUCCUGGUGAAUGUCCUGGUUCUGUACAAAUGCACUUAUUCUGUCCCUCUGUUGCAUGUCUGAGUAGUUCAGAAGUUUUGUAUAUUUAUUGUAUUAACACAGUGUCAUAGAAUAAAAAAAAGACUUUUUUCCUGGA